UGACAAGUGUUUGUAAACUAAAAUUAAUCAAAUAAUCAGUGUUAGGUCUUGCCUAGUAAUCUCCCGGACAUUGUGUGCAUUCAUGUUGAAAUGUACAUGUACUGUACAUGGUAGUUUCCAACUACAUGUAGUACAUGUAUGACAUGGAUGCCAAUCUGAGCACGUCUGUGCAAGACACAGAUUCAGAUGUUUCCCUAAAAAAUCUGGGGGACUCGAAGACGUCUGAGCGAGAAAUAGAUUCCGAUGUUUCUCUGAUAAACCUCAAGGAGAUGAAGAGGUAUCAGCCUCUUCUUAGAGAAAAAGGCUACAAUCUUGUUGAGAAUGCCUCUGAUGGGCAGGUUGAUGAUCAGCUCCUGGCAGUCGGUGACCCACAGGGCAGAGCUAUGAACUUGGGAAUGAGUCGGAUGACCCUAGGAGUAGGACUCACAAAUGAACAUCACUAUCAGGCAUGGCUUUCGCCGGAUAGUGUGCAGACGGAUAAGGUGCUUCAAGAUGAACUUGACGAGACUAAUGAUGUCAAUAAUCAAAGCUCGCUGGAGGAAAUACAGCCUAAAUGUGACCUUGAGAGAAACGACUUUCGGGAUGGAGAAAGACAUGCAAAGGCUGUAGGAAUCACAAAGACAAGGACAGGAUACACCCCCAAAGAGCAAGCUUUGUUCAAGAAAACGUUCACUCAAUACACCGUCUGUUUGGAGAAGAUCUUGCUUUCCGAUGGAGAUGGAUGGAGUUUCCUUUUGGAUGAUAUCGUAAAGAUCAUUUGUGAUCUCAUGAGCUGGCUUGCUGGUCUACAUGAUAAAUCCAUAGUAUAUGGAGAUGUGCGAGCUGGGAAUAUCUUCAUCAAUGACCACUUGAAAGCCUUUCUCAUCAGCUCUGAAAAAUCCAAGGAGCAGAACAACGAGGCUGCACUUCUUGAUGAGUCUCUCAUUGAUGUGAAAGCAAUGUGCAAGGUCAUGGGUGGCCUCUACGCAUUCUACAUGAGGAUGAAACCUCGAGACUCUCAGAAGAAAGCAGAGACAGCAUUGUUCACUCUUCUUCGUAGAGGAUACAGAGAUGGUAUAUCAGCAAAGGACUUUUUGGAAGUGCUUAGGCGAAUCGUAGUUGAUGAUCAAGUAGGCGAGCAAGAAGAGGCUCCCCAAGAAGAGGCUCCCCAAGAAGAGGCUCUGCGACAACUACCAAUAAAGAAAACUUCAGAGUUGGGACCUGCAGCUGUCAACAGCCAGGGUCUAUCAAUGAAGAGCCCGAGUUCAGAGCCACGACCUGAAGCCGUCACUAACAAAGUUCCGCUGCAAGCAUCAAGAGACGCCAACAAUGAAGGUCCAGGAAACAAGUCUAUGGACAAAACCAGCAAGGUAGAUUGUAAAGCCAUAGAAGAUCGCUGCUCGACAGUUGGAACAACCACCCAUGCCGAUCGAGUUCGCGAGCAAAAGAAGGCUGGAGCUGUCACUAACAUGAUACCAGAGCUGGGAUCUGCAGCUCAGAGCCAGGGUUCAGAGCAAGUACCUGAAGCUUAUGUCAGCAACCAAGUUCCUGAUGCUGUCAGCAACCAAGUACCUGAUGCUGUCAGCAACCAAGUUCCUGAUGCUGUCAGCAACCAAGUACCUGAUGCUGUCAGCAACCAAGUACCUGAUGCUGUCAGCAACCAAGUUCCUGAUGCUGUCAGCAACCAAGUACCUGAUGCUGUCAGCAACCAAGUUCCUGAUGCUGUCAGCAACCGAAUACCUGAUGCUGUCAGCAACCAAGCUCCGGUGCCAGCAUCAGGAGCGAACAACGAGGGUCCAGGAAACGAAUCUAGGGACACGACCGGUGAUUUAGAUAGUAGAGAGAUGGAAGAUGGCUACUCUACAGACGGAACAUCCAUUCAUGAGACGCUCAUGGCAGAUAUGGAGAUGGAGAUGUUCCAAUCUAAUUAACAAGGGUCAUUCGACGAUCCAGGGUUUUUUUGUCCAGAAGAGAAGCAGAACAAGAAAGUUUAAAAUCCAUCUGACAUCAUGUAGAGUAAUUACAAAGGUGAUAUGAUAAUCGCUCUAGGUGUUAUUUUGUUAAAGGGAGAUGGUCGUCAGUUUUUAUGUGCAGAAGGUCAUAAUUUGCUGACACCAGACUUGUUGGAAAUAACAUUAUGAGUGUACAAGUCUUGCACACAGCAAACUCGUAGUCCCAUCAAGAAAUACCCCUUAUUCUGUCAGAGACUCUUCGGGUGAGGUAAAUGUAAGAUAAUGUCUUUAUCAUGGGGGAUGGGUGGAAAAUGCAGACCAUUACAUAAAACCUGUUGGUCAAAUAACUGAAGGAUAAUCCUGGUGAUUGACAACACUUGUUAAUGGGUAAAACACCUGAAUGGUGUUGAAUUUCUCAUGAGAGCCUGCUAGUAUGCAUCUUUAAAGAUUUAGGGGGAUGGCUAAUUUGGGGUUUUAGAUUAGGGUUAAGUAUAGCAGGGCUUCCACAGUGGUGGACAAAGUCAUAG